AUGGAAAACAAGAAGGAAAAUGAGGAGAGAUACACCAUUCUAUCGGUUUAUAAAGAAGAGCCAGAGAUUGACCCGGACUUUCGAUUGCGAAACUCCGCGGAUUUUCAAUUGAGAAUGCUUUAUUUGAAAACUUAUAUCCAGCAGUUCAAGGAGGAGCACGGGUUCGAGGGUGAUUUGACCUUCAUGAGCCCAGAGGACAAAGUAACCUUCAUUUUCACUAUUCCUGGCACACAAGCACACGAGGGAAAGAAACGAAAUUCUAAAAAGAAACCUGAUAUUCCGCCAAAGCCAGACACAAGACUCUUUCGUUGGAAAAUGAUUGAUGGAACGGAAGGAAAGAUCAGUGAAAAGUAUGGUUGGAUAGAAGAGGAAUACUACUACAACUGGGAUGAAAGCCACCCUCCGUCUAAAGAUGAUCUUGCCCUGAUGGAAUAUACAGGUUGGAGUAGAGAUGACUUCAACAAGGCUAUCAAGCAUAUACAUAAACUGGAAGUUGCAAUGAAAAAACGCAAAGAAGAAGAAGCGAAGGGAUGUUCAAUCAGCUAA